UGGCAUUCGUUUCAGAAAUGUCAAAAUUUUGGAUAAUCAGAAGAUUAUUUUGUCUCAUUCUUUUAUAUGUGCUGCUUCUAAGACCUAUUAGAAUAAUAAUAAACUAAAAGUAUAACUAAAUAUAAAAUUAGAAUCAAUCACUUUUGGUAGAAUUUGUAAAGCGUUUAAAAGGGGAAGUAGUACAACCACAAUUAGUGAUAACCCCAAGUAAAAUGUUGGCAAUUAACAAGGGGACGCGUUCCGUUGCUCCCAUUAUGAUGCGUUACACGAAUACCAGAAAAAAUUGCGGAAUUUUAAAUAAUAAUCGCAUAGUUUAUGGAGUGUCCAAUGUGAUGUUACAUCGUACUAAAGUGAUGGCCGCACCUCAUAUUAUACAGCAGCAAGAGCACAAAUUUAGUGAGGGAAAAGAAUACAACGGGUUUAAAUGUAUCAGAGUGGAAUCUGUACCAGAUUUCGGUAUAAUGUCCUAUACAUUUCGUCACGUUGGAUGUAGUACCGAACUGUGGUACUUGGAUCGCAAAGAUUCCAACAAUGUAUUUUCUGUGAAUUUUCGUACAACGCCCUUCGAUUCAACUGGUUUACCACAUAUUCUUGAACAUAGUGUAUUAUGUGGUUCAAAAAAAUACCCAGUACGAGAUCCAUUUUUUAAAAUGCUGAAUCGUUCGGUGGCUACUUUCAUGAACGCUAUGACUGGUCCGGAUUAUACAAUGUAUCCAUUUUCUACGAUGAAUGAAAUAGAUUUUAGAAAUUUGCAAAGAAUUUACUUGGAUGCAGUAUUCAGCCCUAAUUUGGAGUAUUUGGACUUUCUGCAGGAAGGAUGGCGCUUAGAGCAUUCAAAUGUGCAUGAUAAGUCCUCUGAAUACGUAUUAAAAGGCGUAGUUUAUAAUGAGAUGAAAGGUGCAUUCUCAGAGAAUAGUUCAGUAUUCUCCCAAAACCUACUUAAUAAUUUAUUACCAGACCAUACAUACGGCUUUGUUUCGGGAGGUAAUCCACUGGAAAUACCAAAAUUAUCACACAAAAAUUUGGUAGAUUUUCAUUCGAAAUAUUAUCAUCCAAGCAACGCUCGUAUCUACACAUACGGCAAUUUCAAUUUACUUAAGACCCUUGAAUAUGUAAGCAAUGAAUAUUUAAGUGAUUGUAAUGGUAUAGAUAAUUCAUAUAGCCGGAUACCAAGCCAAACUCGUUGGGAUAAACCACGUAAUGUACAUAUAUCGAGUCGGUUUGAUAAUAUGGGUGCACCAUUCGAGAGGCAAAAUCAAAUAGCCAUUGCUUUGCUAAUGUCAGAUGUAACUGAUAAUCAGGAGACUUUUGUGCUGCAUGUGCUUUCAGAGUUGUUGAUCCGAGGGCCGAAUUCAUCGUUCUACAAAAGUCUUAUUGAACCCAACUUCUCUGGCGGUUAUAAUCAGGCAACUGGCUAUGAUCCCCAAAUAAAAGACACCUUCUUCUGCGUAGGUUUACAAGAUUUGCGUGUUGAAGAUUUCGGACGUGUACAGGAAAUCUUCGACAAAACCAUAAAGAAAGUAAUUGCUGAAGGAUUUGAUCGUAGCCAUGUAGAAAGUGUUCUUCACAAUAUCGAGCUACUACUGAAACAUCAAAGUCCACAAUUUGGUAUGGGUUUACUAUUUAACUCUACACCAUUGUGGAAUCACGAUGGAGAUGUAGUUUCCAGCUUACGUGUAACAAAUAUGAUUGCCAAUUUUCGGCAUAAUCUAUGUAAAGAUCCGAAAUAUUUACAGCGUAAAGUAGAACAAUAUUUUGGAACCAAUACACAUCGUCUAACAUUAACUAUGUCACCAGAUGAUCAUUAUGAAGACAAUUUUAGAACUGCUGAACUAGAUCUGUUAAAACAGAAAAUCAUGUCAUUAGAUGAUAUAAAACGUGAGGAAAUUUAUAAAAAUGGCAUUAAAUUGGAACAAGCCCAAAAGACCCAACCUAAUUUGGAAUUAUUGCCAUGCUUAAAUUUAACCGACGUUCAAGAAAUGCCGAAAAUGCCGUCCAUUAACGUUGUUCGUAUUGGUAACGUGCCGACUCAGGUUUGCCAAGUUCAUACAAACGAUGUUUCAUAUUUCAAAUUGCAUUUUAACGGUAACAACCUAAAUCAUGACGAAGUUAUGUUAUUGCCACUUUUCUGCAAUAUCAUAAACGACAUGGGAACAACUAAUUAUAAUUUUAGAGAAUUCGAUAAGCUGGUUUUAUCGAAAACUGCAGGUAUUGAUUUUAAACUGCAUUUCGCGGAAAAUAUUUACGAUAGCAAAUCAUACCACUUGGGAGUUUAUAUGACUACACAUGCUUUGGACAAAAAUGCAAAUGAGAUGUUUUUAUUAUGCACAGAAUUACUAACAAAAUUUAAAUUAGAGGACAUUGAUCGUUUAAGUAUGCUAAUUGAUAACUAUAUAUCCAACAUCUCAGUGGGGAUCGCUAGUUCAGGACAUUUGUAUGCAAUGCAGAGCUGUGCAGGCUUAGUAACAAAUGCUGCGAAAUUAAAAUCCCUCCUUUCAGGUGUAGAACACAUUGAAUUUAUGAAAAAUUAUAUAAAAGGAAACAGAAUUGAAAAUAUUAGAGAAAAGCUUUAUAGUUUGGGUCAAAAGCUUUUCUUGAAAAAUAAUAUGCGUUGUGCUUUAAAUAUAUCCGAAGAUUUUUAUUCAAAAUUUAUAAAGUACUUCGAAGGAUUUCUGGAUAAUAUGCCGAUCGGUUCAGAAACGAACGAAAAUUGUGAUCACAUUAUCAAUCUUCUCGAGCCCAGUCAACAACAUUUUGUUAUGAAUAUCCCCGUGAAUUAUUGCGCCAAGGCAUUUUUUACAGUACCUUAUACUCAUCGUGAUCAUCCAACACUACGUGUCCUUGCUAAAUUAAUUUCGGCUAAAUAUUUAUUGCCAGUAGUGCGAGAACAAAAUGGGGCAUAUGGUGCGGGAGCGAAAAUCGGAUCAGAUGGUAUUUUUUGUUUUUUCAGCUACCGGGAUCCAAAUUCAACUAAAACAUUAAAAGCAUUUAACGAUACUUACCAAUGGUUGGAAGCCAACAAUUUAGAAUUAACUGAACAAGCUUUAUUCGAGGCGAAAUUAGGUGUACUGCAGCAGUUGGAUGCACCUAUUGCCCCAGGGAAUAUUGGUAUUGACUUUUUUCUAUACGGCGUUUCACAGGAAAUGUUUGCUAAAUACCGAGAUCGAAUGCUUUCCACGUCCGUGGAUGAACUAAAAGCAGUCGUAAAACGUUAUUUUAAAUAUGAACCUGCACAUUUUGGUAAUUGCCUGCUUGGGCCAGAAAAUAGGAAUUUGGAGGAGGAGACGAAUUUGAAGUGGAAAGUUAUUUCUUAAAUAAAUAUUAGUCCGAUAAAAUAUUGGCGAUAAUUCAUAACAUAGUGGGAAUUAGUUCCAAAAAUAGUAUGUACAUUAAUCACGAUAUAAGUAACUGUAUUGAAUUGUAAUACACAAGCGUCUCUUUGUUUUGUAGUCUCUUUUGGUGUCGCUAUGAUACUUAAUAAUUCGAUUUUAAUUUAAGAUCUAGAUGAUGUACAUAUGUAGUAAUAAAAUAUGUCAAACAUUCGCUUUUAUCGUCCUAAGUAGUUUGAAAAUACAAAUUCUUAUUAACGCUUACUUAUUACUUGUUAUCAGAAAAACUAGAAAUGAAAUAAAAUUGGAAAGCUAGAGCAAUCAGAAUAUUUAA